AUGAGUCAGGGUUCCGUGUUGAAACUAUAUAAUUCUGUGGUAGACGAUGUUAUUGCCGGGGUGAGAGAUUGUUUUCUCGACGACGGUGUCGACGAACAAGUGUUGCAAGAGUUGAAACAACUAUGGAAAUCGAAAUUAGUUGCAAGCGGGGCAAUGGAUCCUCCACCCGAUCCACCUAUGCAACAAAUGGCACCACCUUCUGUGUUACAAAACUUUCAGAAAACAAAUGGGAGCAACUUAUUACCAAAGAGGCCUGAUAUGGGGCCACAAACUUCAGGUCAGUCCGGCGUAGAACAUGGUGGCUCAAACAUAGGACAUCCCCAUGCGGUUCUUGAUCCUAAUAAUAAAGUACCAGUACAACUUACACUACCAGCCCAACCUGGGGUGCCGGGGUCUCAACCACGGUCCUUUACUAUUCAAAUACCUGCUUCAGCGCUCAAUGGAAAUAAACUCCACCAAGUACUAACUGGGCCCAUUAUAAAUGCCACUAUAAAUUUGCCACAACCAUUAGCUGCGACAAUACUGCAACAACAUAUAAAUUCAGCAUUAGCGGGACAACAGAAUGAUUUUGAUGGUGGUGGGGGUGGACGUAGUGGUGCAGCACCUUUUUCGCUUGAUGGUGCACUUGACUCUUCUGAUGAUGAAGGUUCCAAUGUAGGAGAUGGGUCAGAAGAUGGUGCAGGUGAUGAUGACGAUGAUGAGGAAUCUGCGGAAGAACGGGCAGAAGAGGAAGAAGAGGAAAGGGAUGAAUUUGGCGGAGCGGAGGAAGAACCAUUAAACUCGGGUGAUGAUGUUUCAGAUGAGGAACCUGGUGACAUGUUUGACACUGACAAUGUAGUAGUUUGCCAAUAUGACAAGAUCACACGUACUAGAAAUAAGUGGAAGUUUUAUUUCAAAGAUGGUAUUAUGAACCUAGGUGGCAAAGAUUAUGUUUUUCAAAAAGCAAAUGGUGAUGCCGAGUGGUGA